AUGGCAGAACUUCACGUCAUUGGAGAUCUGAUGUGCGGGGAGGAUUUUGGAAGUAAUAGUUACUUUUGCGUCUUCGAGGUCGUCGCCGGGGAGCAUUGGAGCGCCGUGGAGGGUCGCACCUCCGGAUGCACGCACGUCAUGCAUGCCGGCGAGGAGGGUAAUGUCUCGUGGAGUUUUCCUAUAGACAUUCAUUUUACAAUGAACAGCAUAGAGGGUUGGCCCAAAAUAUCGUUGCAGGUGUGGUCUGUUGAUAAGUACGGCCGGAAGGAUCUGGAGGGCUACGGUGUCGCCUUUGUGCCACCGCCUAGUGUAGACGAGCAGGAUGUUGUGGUAGAGACAUGGAGGCCGUGCUACUGGAGUCCGAGCUUUUUCAGACGCCUCUAUGAGAAUCUCCGAGUUGCCAUAUUGGGCGGAAACCCGGUGCUGCGCGAUAAAGCGCUUAUACACACCAACGAUGAACGGUUCAAAUUACGGACGAGAAGCAGUGGAAGAGUUAUUCUUCAGUUAAAUGUCAUUUCAAGAGGAAUGCAUAGGUUGGGGAUUCGAUACAGCUGA